CGCCCCCACUUCUGCUGUUUUCAUUCACGAAUUGGACACCUCAUCCAACCAUCGCGAGCGAGUGUGUUAAAGUUGCUUCGACUAGUUCGGGGAAAAUUUAUCAAUAACCAGUGGCCCGUGCAGAAGAAAUCCAGCAAAAUGACGGCUUUAACUUGGGAGGAAAAAGAACAGCUGAUAACGCGCAAUCUACAGGAGGUUCUCGGGCAGGAUAACAUGCGUACCAUUCUGAAAGAGCGCGACCUAAAAAUAUAUUGGGGCACAGCCACCACCGGUAAGCCGCACAUUGCCUAUUUCGUACCGAUGUCCAAAGUGGCCGAUUUUCUGAAGGCUGGCUGUGAAGUUACGAUUUUGUUCGCCGACUUACAUGGAUAUCUCGAUAACAUGAAGGCUCCGUGGUCAUUGCUGCAAGAACGAACAAAGUACUAUGAAGCCGUUAUUAAGGCAAUGUUGACGUCCUUGGAAGUUCCGCUGGAGAAGCUAAAGUUCGUACGCGGAACAGACUAUCAACUGUCCAAGGAAUACACGUUGGAUGUCUACAAACUAUCGUCGGUGGUAACGCAGCACGAUGCCAAGAAGGCAGGAGCCGAGGUAGUCAAACAGGUUGAGCAUCCGCUGCUGUCCGGUAUUUUGUAUCCAGGUUUGCAAGCUUUGGACGAAGAGUACCUAAAAGUAGAUGCUCAAUUCGGGGGUGUGGAUCAGCGUAAAAUUUUCACCUUUGCGGAGAAAUAUUUGCCCCAGCUGGGAUAUGCCAAGCGAGUACAUCUGAUGAAUCCGAUGAUUCCAGGGUUGACUGGAGGUAAGAUGUCUUCCAGUGAAGAUGAUUCUAAAAUAGAUCUUCUCGACAGUGCCGCCAAGGUGAAGUCCAAAAUUAAAAAAGCUUUUUGCGAACCCGGUAACAUUGAAGACAACGGAUUGCUGAAGUUUGUUAAACAUGUCAUUUAUCCGAUGUUUAAAGCCGGUGAGGGAUUUGAAAUUAAGCGGAAGCCUGAUUUCGGCGGAGAUCUUAAAUUCGAAACCUACGAAUCUUUAGAAGCAAGCUUCGCGUCCCAAGAGUUGCAUCCCGGUGAUCUGAAGGGGGCGGUGGAAAUCUACAUAAAUCGUUUGUUGGAGCCUAUUCGCAAGAUAUUCGAUGAUGAGUUUCAUCGCCAGCUUUCGGAACGGGCUUACCCAACGGGGGCGAAGGCAGGCGGUAAAAAAGCGACCACGCAGCAAGUUGCAGGUGAAAAUACACCCGACAAGGUUGAGCUUAAAGUGGGCCAAAUAGUAGAAGCGGUUAAACAUCCGGACGCCGACAGUCUUUGCAUCCUGAGUGUGGAUAUUGGAGGCGAGACAAAGAAAAGCAUCGUAAGCAAUCUGAUGGCCUAUUACGCGUUGGAAGAUUUGAAAAACCGGUCGGUUGUUACACUAACAAACAUGAAAUCAUCGAAAAUCCGUGGAGUAGAAAGCGAGGGACUGGUGUUGUGUGCCUUCAAUGCGGAUAAGUAUGAACCUUUAGCUGUUCCCGAGGGAGCUAAAAUUGGCGAACGUAUUAUUGUGGAAGGUUUCGAUAAUACUAAGGCGGAAGUGGCACAGUUGAAUCCUAAAAAGAAGGUUUGGGAUAAGAUUCAAGCGGAGCUAAAAACCAACUCCGAUGGCGAAGCAAUGUGGAAAGAAUUCUCUCUAUUAACGCUAAAUGGUGAUAAAGUUAGCAGCUCGCUAAAGGGAUGUAAUAUCAAGUAGAGAACUUAAACUUAUCGUCGAGAUUAUGCAUUAAGCUAUCAAUCCUGUGUUCCCCGCUGUUCGGAUUACUGAAAAACGAAAUAUUGUCGGUUAUUUUGAUUGCGCAAGAUAUAUUGCGCAAGAAUAACUCUUCACCAAGCUUUACGU